AAUAAAAAAUGAUUGUCCAGGAAGUGCCGGUUACCAACCGCAAAUGUUGUGCCUUUAUUUUCUCAGUUGGAUUUAGGGUCUCCAUUUUUAGUAAUUUCCAUUCUUGGUUUCACCCCCUUUACUUCCCAAAAAAGGCUAAUCAUCUGUGACUUCCACCAAAAUUUCAUCUUUUGGUGUCCGCUUCAAAUCAUUCUGCUUUCCGUGGAUAAGAAUCUCUGAGGCUAUUGAAUUUAUGCUCUGGGAAUGCAUAUGGCUGCAUAUACAGAUUUUUCACCACCAUUUGCUAUAGUAGAAGGGAGUUACAGUAAGGAGAAUACAUCUGCUGUUAAAGAUGAAUUACUUGAGGAAUCAAAUGAAAUAAAGACAACAAGUGAUAAGCCACUACGAGAUCCUUCUGUUGUACAGUAUUCAGUGAACUCUACUGCACUUGUAGGAGACGCUGAUUUAGAUUUUGAAAUAACUGAGAAGGGUUUCCAACACCCUUCUGAGGGACAAUCAAACUUUGAACCAAUAUUUCGUUCUGGAAGUUGUGCUGAGAAAGGACCCAAACAGUACAUGGAGGAUGAACAUAUCUGUAUAGAUGAUCUAAUCAUACAUGUUAAUGAAAUUGCAGGUUCCACUUCCCCUGCAGCAUUUUAUGGGGUCUUUGAUGGCCAUGGGGGUACUGAUGCAGCAUUAUUUGUGAGGAAUAAUAUUCUCAAGUUCAUAAUGGAGGACCCCUGUUUUCCCAUGUGUUUAGAGAAGGCACUCAAGAAUGCUUUUCUGAAAGCUGACUAUGCUUUUGCCGACGAUAGUUCUAUUGACAUAUACUCUGGCACCACAGCAUUGACAGCUCUAAUGUUUGGAAGAAACAUGAUCGUUGCUAAUGCAGGAGAUUGUCGUGCUGUGCUAGGGAAACGAGGUAAAGCCAUUGAGUUGUCUAAGGACCACAAACCAAAUAGCGCAUCUGAAAGACAUCGAAUAGAAAAACUUGGAGGAGUCAUAUAUGACGGAUACUUAAACGGACAGUUAUCUAUAGCACGUGCCUUGGGGGAUUGGCACAUGAAAGGCCCAAAAGGUUCUGCCUACCCCUUGAGUGCAGAGCCGGAGUUGCAGGAAACAUUGUUGACCGAGGAUGAUGAGUUCCUAAUCAUGGGUUGCGAUGGUCUAUGGGAUGUUAUGAGCAGCCAAUGUGCUGUUACGAUGGCCCGGAAAGAACUCAUGCUACAUAAUGACCCAGAAAGAUGUUCAAGAGAACUGGUAAGGGAAGCCCUCAAGCGCAACACAUGUGAUAACUUAACAGUCAUUGUAAUUUGUUUUUCUCCUGAUCCUCCACCUAGGAUUGAAAUUCCUCCUACUCGAAUAUGUAGAAGCAUAUCAGUUGAAGGACUGAAUCUUCUAAAAAGUGUAUUGGAAAGCAACUCAUAACAAGAUUCUGGGAAAUGACAUAGCCUACCAGUAUAACUCCUCACUAUGGGGACUCACGUCGCUUCCUCAUUCCAACGUUUCACUCGCUUAGCUUAUCGUAGUUUUUGAAAGCCUGUAUAUUGGAAGUGUGUUGUAUCGAUAUAAGAUUAGUGUGCGCGCUCCAGCUGCAUUUCUUGUGAUGUACAGAUUCAAGAAAGCAACUCGUUUAUUGUCCUUGUACUGCUUGUAUGUUGGAUUAGUACUGCAUUUUGUAAAUUUGAAUUUGUUGGAUAUGUGAUUAGUUAAUGCUAAACUUAAACUA